AUAUCCUCCAUAACACCUCUUUCAACACGACACUGGGCAAGCAAGACAAAGUUUUCAUCAUGUUGCUUUUAAAGACAUUUCUAAUCACAGGUCUUGUCUUCACAUCCACAUGUUUUCUAUUAAGUGGAAGUUUCGUGGAACACAAUGUCGGCGAUCACAUCACCCUGACCUGCUCCAUUUCUGAAAAAUCCGACAUCAUGUAUUGGUUUAGGCAGAAUGUCGGGCACGUCCCUACGCUUAUAUCUACUCUUUAUUCGUUCGACAAAAGGGGGAUGUUUUACGGUGAAUUCGCCAACAAUGAGAGGUUCGGUUUGACUCCUGACAACCGCCUGAACAUUUCGAAGUUGCAAGUUACCGACACGGCCACGUACUACUGCGCCUCGAGCCAACUGUACAAGCUCACCUUCUCGGAGGGGACCAGUGUAGUUGUGAGAGGAACUGAUUCGUACAUCGAAGCAGAGAUUCAUCAGUCUCCAAGUGAGGGCACAGAACCGGGGAAAUCUGUGGUUUUAAACUGCAGCGUUCAGACUGAGAGUUGCGAAGGACGACACAGGGUUCACUGGUUCAAGCAGUUUGAGGAAUCGGUUGCGGGGUUGCUUUACAGCCACGGAGGAAGCGGCGAUCAGUGUGAGAACAAAACGGACAGUCCAACCAACUCCUGUGUCUACAGCCUCCCCGUUCACAACGCGAGCUCAGAGCAGACUGGGACCUACUACUGCGCUGUGGCCGCCUGUGGACACCUGCUCUUUGGGAAGGGAACCAAACUGAACGUUUUAACAGAAUCGGCCCAGGUCACCGUCCUGAGUGCUGCGCUGACGUUCACUUCUGUUGUGGUUGUUCUUCUGGCUCUUCUUAUCUGCAUCUUAAACAAGAGGAAGAGCACAGAGUCGUACAUCGUUUCCACCUCUUACAAAACCAUAUCAGAGACGAUCAAAAAAGGAGAUGUUCUUUACUAUGUGGCCAUGGAGCAGAGGAAGAGUCAGAGGUCCAGAAGACACAGGGACGACACCUGGAGUGAAUGUGUCUAUUUCAACGUCCAGUAGAGAAGAAAGAGUACAGAGUGACCUGGGGCCUCGUGGAGGGGCUCAUGGCUCCGCUUUAAGCCCUGUGCUUAAGAAUCACUGCAGGUUUAAUCUUGAUGUUUACUUUAAAAUGAAAUGUUAUGUAUAAAUCAUGUUUUAUUAACUGUUAAUCAUGACAUAUUGGAGUUCCCUCACCAUUAUUUAGCUCAGAGUUGUAUUCUGAUUGACCCGUGCAUGUUUGACUAAUCCUGCAUUGUCCCCUAUUUGAGGCUUGUGUGCUCCAAAGAUUUCAGUUUUCAUCUGCCCUUUACCCCCACUGCUCUGAAUUUAUCUGCAGUUAAAAUAAAUCAGACUUUGAAUUUGAAAAAUCACAGACUAAAAAUAUAGAUCAGACCAUUCAGAUCAGACCAGGGAUUUUAGGUUUAAACACACUGGAUUUCAUGUAAGGCUCAUUCUGCUUUCUGAUUGGAUAAUCAUCUUGAGAACCAAAACUCCAAAUCAUAACAGAGAAAUGGAACAUCAUGCCCCUGUUCUUGUAAUUAAGAAUAAAUUCUCAUUACAUUUGUUAUCAGUAUUGUUUGAUUUGAACAUGUGUACCUUGUAUCUGGGGACAGAGACAGCUCAGGUUAUGGUAUUAAAAGUCUUUAAAAUCUU